ACACGCUCCUUUUCUCUAUCCGAGUGUGUGUAUGUGUGUGAAAUCUAAUCCGAUUAUAUUUUUAGGUGAGACCUCUCAUCGACUCCAUCUCUCCUUUCACUGUGUUUACAAACUGCUGGAGCGGAAGCGGAAAUGACGGUGCGGAAUGGAACACUUAGUUUUUUGACGUCAAUAACGUAGUAAUAAAUAAUUCGAUAAAUAGAUUUAAGUAUAAGCUUAAAUAUUUGAAAUAACAAAAAAUCGAAUUCCACGUAUCGUAAAGAAUCUAAUAUUGGUAGGUGACGUCAUGCACACGUCAUGCGCGAGCCGUAAAUGAUUCAGCUCUUCUUGGGCACAUAUGAUUGAGAGAAGGUAAACGAUGCAGUUCUCAUUCAGACGGGGAUUAUAGUCUGAACAUCACCAGACCACAACAUCACAUCCUUAUCAGGCGGUUCAUGUCAGUGCACUAAAAGAAAAGGUUGACGCACAAAACCACUGACGAGGAGAAGUGUGUAGAGGUCAUGGCAGCUCCAACACCACCAAAACCACCACCACGCUCCUCUUCCUGUCCUUACAGGUCUCCUCCUAUACCCUUUCCUGCAGCAAUACCCAUCCCAAGUUGUGGCUCAAAUGGGAAUAUUGCUGAAGGUGGGGCUGCAGGUGGGGCUGCAGGUGGGGACGAGGAUAAACCCAUGGUCCCGGAGCAGGAGACCAGUCCCUCUACCACACACACAACUGUACCGGCAAGUCCAAGCAGUGAUGAAGAGGUCAACACACACACACAACACGACUGUCUGACCUUGAAUGCACCGGUGCAGGAGAGCGGAGAAGGUGAUACAAAGUGUGGGGGAAAAGAUGGAGCUCCUGACAAACAGUAAUGGCUGAACAGAUUCCAACAUCUUAGCCACCAGGCCACCACGUCCCGCUAUCCCGCUAUCGUAUUUCAUCCAAGAUGCAUGUUAUCAUUUUACUGUUUCGUGUCCAAUAAUGUAACAGGACUGUAACUUGAGCACAGAAGAUCAUUGAAGGUCAAUACAAAUAUGUUUUAUAUAGUAAAAUAUACUUUAAUUAAAAGAUGAAAAACC